GACGUCAUUCGCCGGAAGUGACCCGGAUUGGAACUUUAACUCCGAGGGUUUCGCUGGAGUCGUCGACGCUUCCUCCAAAGUAACGCGCACUCGUCGGUUCAGAGACGGAUAUGAGCAUGUUGACGCACGAGUCUCCGCCUUGGAUGUGAGAGUGGUCCACACCGCGGGAGAUCUUCCAGCCAGCCAUAAGGACCGACCGGGGGUUGAAGUCCCGAAUCAUUCCCGGUGGUGUUCCCAGCGAGGACUGGCGACAAACCCAGUGGCACGAUGACGUGCCGCGACCGAACCCUCGAGUUCCAGUCCGCCUGUAAAUCUCUUCAGGGCAGACAGAAUGGAGUCCAGCCCAAUAAACCGGCACUCAGCGCCCUCAAGCAACGCAGUGACUUCACAGUCAUGGCCAAGAGAAUUGGGAAAGACCUGAGCAACACAUUUGCCAAGCUGGAAAAGCUCACGAUCUUGGCAAAAAGAAAAUCAUUAUUCGACGACAAGGCGGUGGAGAUUGAGGAGCUAACAUACAUUAUUAAACAAGACAUCAACAGUCUAAACAAACAGAUAGCCCAGCUGCAGGAGUUGGUGCGGUCCCGCGGCGCUCCAGGAGGCAGACAUAUCCAAACUCACUCUAACACCAUUGUGGUUUCAUUACAGUCCAAAUUGGCGUCCAUGUCCAAUGACUUCAAGUCAGUCCUGGAAGUGAGAACAGAGAACCUGAAGCAGCAGCGCAGCAGAAGAGAGCAUUUCUCCCAGCCGCCUGUGGCCUCCUCCCCCCUAAUGGCCAACAACUUCAGGAGCCGAAAAAAAGGGGCCCAGGAGCCGCAUGCAGCUUGUGAGCCACGCAAUGAGUACCAGGGCUAUACAACCCCAAAUUCCAAAGAGAGCUCGGUGUUGAUGCAGGAUGAAUCUAGGAGUCUGGGAGAGGUGGCCAUAGACAUGGACUCCCAAGCCAACCCCUUGCAGCUUCAGCUUAUUGACGAGCAGGACUCGUACAUCCAGAGCCGUGCCGACACCAUGCAGAACAUAGAGAGCACCAUCGUGGAGCUGGGCUCUAUAUUUCAGCAGCUGGCACACAUGGUCAAGGAACAAGAGGAAACCAUCCAAAGGAUUGACGCCAACGUGGAGGACACGCAGCUCAAUGUGGAGGCAGCCCACACGGAGAUCCUGAAAUACUUCCAGUCAGUCUCCUCCAACCGCUGGCUGAUGAUAAAGAUCUUCCUCGUCCUCAUUGUCUUCUUUAUCGUCUUUGUGGUCUUCUUCGCCUAAGGCAAAGAGGAAGUGGUGGAGAAACACGAGAGAACGUAACAUUUGGACUGAGGCAAAGGGUUUGUCCCAACAGCUGAUUAGGUGGACGGCCUUUCUGUCACGGUGACAGUUUAUCGGAGCCCUGGAGUUGACACAGUCAGCCUCCCUCAUGAUGAAGCCUCUGAAAUGGACUUUUAUGAAUCUCAAUUUGACCAAGCUGCUCUCUACCAUUAGAGGAUUUUGAAUUCUGCCCAAACUUUUUUUUGAAUUCUACCCCCAAGAAUAGAUGAUCAACAGUCCUCUUCGUAUUGUGAGCGCAGAACACUGCUCCGUAGUGUUACGCUGAGACUUAUUAAUCAAACAUUUAAUUGGAAAUGGCUAUUUUAAUGGUUUGAUUCUGCAAACUUUUUUUUUUCUGCCUGAGUUUAUUUUGAUUUGUUUUGUGAUCCCACUGUGUCAUCAUCUAUGAUAGUUUUGUUUUUUUGAACAGGGUGAAUGACAGAGCUGGUCAAUCCCUAUGACCUGCCUCCCGACCAUCAUACAGCCUCAUUCACACAUGACUGGAGACUUAUUUUUAAAAACUGGUUAUUUUUCAUUUUACUUUAAAGGAUUACUUGCCAAACCCCCAAAUGUUACUGUGACAUAUUACGAAUACUUUCUCUUCAGCUCUUUGCAUUAUGAAGGCACAAGGUAUCGGAGGACACAGGUCGAGUGAAGGGGGCAUUGCCAGCGUGACCCCGUCACAACGUAGACCGGUGUGGUCCGUAAGGUAGGCUGACGAUAAGGCCGCGUCGCAUGAAACUCUCUGGUAAUUUCCCCACCUUUAAAACCCUUUCGUUUUCUCUUUGUGUAGUUGUGUGGUGUAACAUGGGAGUAUGAGGCCAGUUGAAUGGCCUCAGAGGUGUAAAACCUCCACCUGUUCAGUACCGCCGAGAGACGCGAGUGUCGGGAAAGGGUUCGAGAAUUUCUUGUUCGUUAUCGAUGGGUUCUGCUCAUUCUGAAAGCUCGUUCAUGAAGUGACCUAAAAAACAAACCACAUUCCCUGACAUUUCCCGGUUGGGCCUUGUUACUUCAGUCACUUGCCCCUUUCCUCCACAACCCUUCUCUCCCCAUCUCGCUCGGAACAAUUUAUGUACAGGAUGUUAUUUAAAUAAAACCACAGCUUUUUAAGAAGGAAAACAAAAGCAUUCUUCCUAUUUUCCCGUCUUUUUUUAGCCAAAUGCCUUGACUUCAACUGUAAAAAGUGCAAAUAGUGACGAUAAUGUAUACUGAUAAGAAAGUGCAUAUUAAUAAAAAGAAUAACGGAG